CAAGAUUGUACUUCAAAUGUGAGAGAGUUCAUCAGUAACUUGUCAUAGGUAGCCAGUGUUUACAAGGACCCCAGUAUAGGCAACUCUGUAAAUAUAGUCAUUGUGAGGAUAGAAAAUCUGGGGAGUAAGAGGGGAGUAAAAAAUGGUCCAAAAAAUUACCUCUAAUGCAGCCUCAUCGCUGAAGGAGUUUUGUUUGUGGCAGAACUCUGUGAAUGAGGCAGAUGAUGAUAACCCAAGACAUCAUGAUACUGCCGUCCUUUUGACCAGACAGGAUAUCUGCAGAGCUGCAGGCAAAUGCGAUACCUUGGGUCUUGCUGAAUUGGGAACAAUUUGUGAUAGAAAACGAAGCUGUGCUAUCAUAGAAGACAAUGGUCUAAGUGCAGCCUAUACAAUAGCUCAUGAAUUAGGACAUAUAUUUAAUUUACCUCAUGACGAUGAUGUGAAAUGUUCAGAGUUUCAUGAACAAGGGUCCACCAACUUUCACAUCAUGGCUCCAACCUUAGACUACAACACCAGCCCAUGGUCGUGGUCCGAAUGCAGCGCUCAUCUUCUCUCAGAAUUUGUUGAUGCAGGUGUAGCGGAAUGCCUUCUUGAUAAACCUAGAAAAAAGUAUCGGCGGAAGGUUUCUCGAUGGCACAGUCCGGGCGAGCUGUACAAUGUUGAUAAACAGUGUGAGCUACUCUUUGGAACUGGCUCUAAAGUGUGUCCCUAUAUGCCGUCCUGCAAGCGUCUAUGGUGCACAAGUCGCUAUGGGCUGUCCAAGGGGUGCAGAACUCAACACAUGGCCUGGGCUGAGGGGACAAAGUGUGGCCCAAACAGGUGGUGCAAUAAAGGGAAGUGUGUCCAGAACAAAACUUUGCGAAAGGUUGAUGGAGGCUGGAGCAAAUGGCACAAAUAUGGGAACUGCUCUCGACCUUGUGGCGGAGGAAUCCGGACAUCUGAGCGCUUCUGCAAUAACCCAUCGCCUCAGAAUGGAGGCAGGUAUUGCCUGGGGAAAAGACGGAAGUACAAAUCUUGCAAUAUCAAGAAUUGCCCACCCAGCAAAAUGGAUUUCCGAGAGGAGCAGUGUUCUAAGUUUAAUGGAAGAUUCAGUAUUAAUGGUCUACCUCCAAAUGUUAGUUGGGUGCCCAAGUAUUCAGGAAUUUUGCUGAAAGAUGUAUGUAAGCUGUUCUGCAGAGCAUCUACCAGUAGUGCAUAUUACCAGCUGGAUGAUAAGGUCAUUGAUGGCACAAAAUGUUGGCCAGACACUACUGAUAUUUGUGUCAAUGGUAAAUGCAGAAAAGCUGGCUGUGACAACAGACUUGGAUCUGACAUGAAACGUGACAAAUGUGGCGUAUGUGGGGGUGACAGCUCUUCCUGUAAGACUGUGGCUGGUACAUUUAACAAGGUUAAGUAUGGUUACAACUUUGUGACAAAGAUCCCAAGUGGUUCCCUAAAUAUUGAUAUCAGACAGUUUGGCUAUGGACACUCGAAGGAUGAUGACAACUACUUGGUCUUGAUGAACUCUGAAAUGGAAUAUAUUCUCAAUGGGAAUUACAUUGUGAGUAUGUUUAAGCGGCACAUCAAAGCUCAUGGUGCUACCAUUGAAUACAGCGGAUCGGAUACUGAAGUUGAGAGAAUCAACGCUACAAAAAUGUUGCAAGAAGACUUAAUCCUGAUGGUGCUGUCAGUGGGAAAGUUGUACCCUCCAGACAUCAGGUAUUCCUACACAGUUUCAGUUGGUCAAGCCAAAGAGUUUGAAUGGAACAGGAAAGGACCUUGGGAAGCGUGCUCACAUGUCUGUCAAGGUCGCAAGAAAAGGAAAAUCAUAUGUGAACAUAAGGAAAAUGAACUUGUUGUGUCGGAUGACCUGUGCAAAGACAAACGGAAACCCAAACAAUCCUCAGCCAAAUGCAACAGACAUUGCUCCUUGGGGUGGAAAGUGGUGUACCGUGAAGAGUGUGAUUCCAGGUGUGGAUCUGGUCACAUGAGGCAGUUGGUAAGGUGUAUCAAAUCCACAGGUAAAAAAGAAGAGAUUGUGGAUGAGAUGCAUUGUCAUGGUAUGCCAAACAGACCAGAUGAAGUGAUCAGCUGUUUUGGGAAGUGCCACGCCACUCACUGGAGAUACACAAAAUGGACAGAAUGCUCAAAACGGUGUGGAGGAGGAGAGCAGAAGAGGAAUGGAACUUGUGUGGAUGAGAACAACAAUGUGGUACCUCAUGAACGGAGCUGUAGGGAGGAGAAACUGGUGUCUCAACCAUGUAACCAGGACCCCUGUGCCGAGUGGACCAUUGGAGAAUGGACAGCGUGCUCCAAAACCUGUGGUACUGGUCAGCGGUACAGAACAGUCAUGUGCAAAAAGGGUGGGAAGGAGGUCAGUGGGAAUUACUGUGACCGACGGCGGCGUCCUUCUCCUCGCUCCAGCUGUAAUCUGGAGGCUUGUCCAGGCUGGUUCAAUGGCAGAUGGGGACCGUGUUCAGUAUCGUGUGGGGAGGGCACACAGAAGCGCAUUGUAGGAUGCUUUGAUGAGAGUGGUGACCGCAGGAUGGACUCAUUCUGUUCCCAACUGACCAAACCAGAAGCCAAACAAAAAUGUAUACUACGACCCUGUGGGAAUUGGAGGACAGGAGAAUGGGGGGAGUGCUCAGCAGACUGCCUCCAGACUAGGUACGUGGCCUGUCUGAUUGCUGAACAGCAGAUGACUACUGACCGGGACUGUGACUUGACCAGUAAACCACUAGCGGAACGCAAGUGCACCCAUGGCGAUUGCACCUUCCAGAAGGACAUAGGCCUGGACAAUGCCAGGAACAGUAUCCCUGGAGAUCCUAACCAAUGGAGGUUUGGGCCCUGGACUGAGUGUUCAGUAACCUGCGGAAUGGGCUUGGAGCGGCGCCAGGUGCUUUGUCAGAACAAGAAGGGACACAACGACCACUGUGGGGGACCCGAAAAACCAGAGGACACCAGACAUUGCAACAAGGGGCCUUGUCCUAGGUGGAACUAUGGAAGAUGGGGACAGUGCAGCGCCACCUGUGGGGAGGGUGUCAAGAGAAGGGUGGUGAUGUGUCAGCUGCAGAAUGGGCAUAAGCUACCAGAUACAAACUGUGAUAUAUUACAAAGACCCUCAUCAGAAUUGAGAUGCAGCCAAGGAGCCUGUCGGUCACCGGUGGCAGCCUCUAGGCAGUGGUGGAGCGAUCCUUUCUCACGGGUACUGUACCAUUAUCGUCCUCGAAAUUAUGGUUAAGAAGGAAUAUCACUUCACAGUUUACCUGUACCUCAGUUAAUUCAUGCAUAUCCUUUUUUGCUACCACACGCACAUGGUUGGAGUUGGUAUUUUCACCUUAUU